CUCCAAACCGGCUUUGGAAAGUAGAGAAGAAAAUCCAGUCUGCUUUUUGAGGAACACUGGACAGCCGAAUAAAUGCAGUAUCUAAACAUCAAAGAGGACUGCAAUGCCAUGGCUUUCUGCGCGAAAAUGAGGAGCUCCAAGAAGACCGAGGGGAGUCUGGAGGCCCUCGAGCCAGGCGUGGAAGUACUCUUCUAUCUGCCGGACAGGGAGGCCCUCCGGCUGGGCGGUGGGGAGUAUACCGCGGAGGAGCUGUGCAUCCAGGCCGCUCAAGAGUGCCGGAUCUCCCCUCUGUGCCACAACCUCUUCGCCCUGUAUGACGAGAGCACCAGGCUCUGGUACGCUCCGAACCACACCAUCACCGUGGAUGACAAGGUGUCGCUCCGGCUCCACUACCGGAUGAGGUUCUAUUUCACCAAUUGGCACGGGACCAAUGACAAUGAGCAGUCGGUGUGGCGACAUUCUCCAAAGAAGCAGAAGAAUGGCUAUGAGAAGAAAAAGGUUCCAGAUGCAACUCCUCUCCUUGACGCCAACUCGCUGGAGUAUCUGUUUGCCCAGGGACAGUAUGACUUGGUGAAAUGCCUGGCUCCCAUCCGAGACCCCAAGACUGAGCAGGAUGGGCACGACAUUGAGAACGAGUGUCUGGGGAUGGCCGUCCUGGCCAUCUCACACUAUGCCAUGAUGAGGAAGAUGCAGUUGCCGGAACUGCCCAAGGAUAUCAGUUAUAAGCGAUAUAUUCCAGAAACCCUGAAUAAAUCCAUCAGACAGAGGAACCUUCUCACCAGGAUGCGGAUAAAUAACGUUUUCAAGGAUUUCCUAAAGGAAUUCAACAACAAAACCAUUUGUGACAGCAGCGUGUCCACUCAUGACCUGAAGGUGAAAUACCUGGCUACCUUGGAGACCUUGACAAAACAUUACGGUGCUGAAAUAUUCGAGACUUCCAUGUUACUGAUUUCAUCAGAAAAUGAGAUGAAUUGGUUUCAUUCAAAUGACAGUGGAAACCUUCUCUACUAUGAAGUGAUGGUGACUGGAAAUCUUGGCAUCCAGUGGAGGCAGAAGCCAAACGUUGUUCCUGUUGAAAAGGAAAAAAAACUGAAGCGGAAAAAACUGGAAAACAAACACAAGAAGGAUGAGGAGAAAAACAAAAUCCGGGAAGAGUGGAACAACUUUUCUUACUUCCCUGAAAUCACUCACAUUGUCAUAAAGGAGUCUGUGGUCAGCAUUAACAAGCAGGACAACAAAAAAAUGGAACUGAAGCUGUCUUCCCACGAGGAGGCCUUGUCCUUCGUGUCCCUGGUAGACGGCUACUUCCGGCUCACUGCAGAUGCCCAUCAUUACCUCUGCACAGACGUGGCCCCCCCGUUGAUUGUCCACAACAUACAGAACGGCUGUCACGGUCCAAUCUGCACAGAAUACGCCAUCAAUAAACUGCGGCAGGAGGGCAGCGAAGAGGGUAUGUAUGUGCUGAGGUGGAGCUGCACCGACUUUGACAACAUCCUCAUGACCGUCACCUGCUUUGAAAAGUCUGAGGUGCAGGGUGGCCAGAAGCAGUUCAAGAACUUCCAGAUCGAGGUGCAGAAGGGCCGCUACAGCCUGCAUGGCUCCGACCGCAGCUUCCCCAGCUUGGGAGAACUCAUGGGCCACCUCAAGAAGCAGAUCCUGCGCACGGACAACAUCAGCUUCGUGCUGAAGCGCUGCUGCCAGCCCAAGCCCCGAGAAAUCUCCAACCUGCUGGUGGCUACCAAGAAAGCCCAGGAGUGGCAGCCCGUCUACCCCAUGAGCCAACUGAGUUUCGAUCGGAUCCUCAAGAAGGACAUUGUGCAGGGUGAGCACCUCGGGAGAGGCACGAGGACACACAUCUACUCCGGGACCCUUAUGGACUACAAGGAUGACGAGGGGACUUCUGAGGAGAAGAAGAUAAAAGUGAUCCUCAAAGUCUUAGACCCCAGCCACAGGGACAUCUCUCUGGCCUUCUUCGAGGCAGCCAGCAUGAUGAGACAGGUUUCCCACAAGCACAUCGUGUACCUCUAUGGCGUCUGUGUCCGGGACGUGGAGAAUAUCAUGGUAGAAGAGUUCGUGGAAGGGGGCCCCCUGGACCUCUUCAUGCACCGGAAGAGUGACGUCCUCACCACUCCGUGGAAGUUCAAGGUUGCCAAACAGCUGGCCAGCGCCCUGAGCUACUUGGAAGAUAAAGACCUGGUCCAUGGGAACGUGUGCACGAAAAACCUGCUCCUGGCCCGCGAGGGCAUCGACAGCGAGUGCGGCCCAUUCAUCAAGCUCAGCGACCCCGGCAUCCCCAUCACUGUGCUGUCCAGGCAAGAGUGCAUAGAGCGGAUCCCGUGGAUUGCCCCCGAGUGUGUGGAGGACUCCAAGAACCUGAGUGUGGCUGCCGACAAGUGGAGCUUCGGUACCACGCUCUGGGAAAUCUGCUACAACGGCGAGAUCCCCCUGAAAGACAAGACCCUGAUUGAGAAAGAGAGAUUCUAUGAAAGCCGAUGCAGGCCAGUGACACCAUCGUGUAAGGAGCUGGCUGACCUCAUGACCCGCUGCAUGAACUAUGACCCCAAUCAGAGACCCUUCUUCCGAGCCAUCAUGAGAGACAUCAACAAGCUCGAGGAGCAGAAUCCAGACAUUGUUUCUGAAAGAAAACCGGCAGCCGAAGUGGAUCCCACGCAUUUUGAAAAGCGCUUCCUGAAGAGGAUCCGAGACUUGGGAGAGGGCCAUUUUGGGAAGGUGGAGCUCUGCAGAUAUGAUCCUGAGGGGGACAACACCGGGGAGCAGGUGGCUGUCAAAUCUCUGAAGCCCGAGAGCGGAGGGAACCACAUAGCUGAUCUGAAGAAGGAGAUAGAAAUCCUGCGGAACCUCUAUCAUGAGAACAUCGUGAAGUACAAAGGCAUCUGCACGGAAGACGGAGGAAAUGGUAUUAAGCUCAUCAUGGAAUUCCUGCCUUCGGGAAGCCUUAAGGAGUAUCUUCCAAAGAAUAAGAACAAAAUUAACCUUAAACAGCAGCUGAAAUAUGCCGUUCAGAUUUGUAAGGGCAUGGACUAUUUGGGUUCUCGGCAAUACGUUCACCGGGACUUAGCAGCAAGGAAUGUCCUUGUCGAGAGUGAACACCAAGUGAAAAUAGGAGACUUUGGUUUAACCAAAGCCAUUGAAACCGACAAGGAGUAUUACACUGUCAAGGACGACCGGGACAGCCCUGUGUUUUGGUAUGCCCCAGAGUGUUUGAUUCAGUGUAAGUUUUAUAUUGCCUCCGACGUCUGGUCUUUUGGAGUGACCCUGCAUGAGCUGCUUACUUACUGUGAUUCCGAUUCUAGUCCCAUGGCUUUGUUCCUGAGAAUGAUAGGCCCAACUCAUGGCCAGAUGACAGUCACAAGGCUCGUGGCCACACUGAAAGAAGGAAAGCGCUUGCCAUGCCCACCCGGCUGUCCAGAUGAGGUUUAUCAACUUAUGAGAAAAUGCUGGGAAUUCCAACCCACCAAUCGGACAACCUUUCAGAACCUUAUUGAAGGAUUUGAAGCACUUUUAAAAUAAGCAUGGAAACCUUUAAAUUCCUCAGUUUAUCAAGUCCUCUUCCCUCAACAAAUGCCCAAGCCAUCCAAAAAAAAUUUUAAUGGAAAGAGUUUGUAUUCUGUCUAAAGUCACUCGGCAAGUACUUGAGUACAUGCACACGUGUAAGGCACACUGUGGUGCUCACAUAGUUGGGUAAGGACUUCCUCUUUAAAUCGGGCACCAGUAACUUAGUGACAGAUCACGCCCACCACAGUAUCUUAGGCACUUAAGCACUCCUCCUUGUGGAAAGACUAGCCACCAUUUCAUCUGGCUGGCCUACCACCCCCGUUGCAUCCCAACAGGGGGUUUUUGCAAACGAGGAGUUGAGCAAAGUAAUGUCUCAAGAUGGUUGCUUUUCUCAGCUGCCAGUUGAUCUGAAGUGUUCUUCUGGCACAUUCAUCCUAGAUGAAGAUGGAUGGAUUUAGCCGAUACUCCACCACGCCCUUGAAUUUCAGUAUCUAUACAGUGAUAGGCCAUGCAUUCUGAAAAUAGUAGAUGCCAGUUAGUAUGCUAGUGUUUCUAUACAAAAGUGACUGUAUUCUGUCACCAGUAGGACUUAAACGCCGAGUCGUUUCUCCAGUGGCUUAGCUCCUGUUCCCUUGGGUGACCACUGGUACCCACCCAUUUCUGAGAAAACUGGUUCUAACGGGGACCGCUGUGGACUAGACACUUGGCUGCAUGCUCGUUCCUGAGAACUAGCCCGGGCCUGCCUCCUGCGCACCUGUCAUCAGAACCCAUCCCAGGCCUGGAUGCUGUCGCACACGCUUUGAAGAAAUGUCAGUGUACCUAUUCUUUGACAACUCUACCACUUCGGGGCAAACUGUUGCAGCACUGGUUGUGAAUGCUGGAUGCAACCAGUCUGAGUAUAUACCCCAUAUGUCGCACAGUUCUUGGAGUGUUGAGAUACUUACCGCCCAUCUACAAGGGUCUAUCACUAUUUUGACAGUCACCCUGUGGUGCAAAAGUUAAAAGACCCAACUAAGGCGCAAGGGAGUUCAGGAUCCACUAGCCAGCUUUCGGUUUGCUUGGAGGUAGCCGGGUAAGCAAAAAUGUUUGUCUUGGAUUCAGCGUGAACCAUCAAGAUCUUUAUGACCGAGAGCCUGAAAAAAUUCCUGUCAUGCUGUCUAGCAUCUGUUUGAUACCAUUACUUUUCACCUGCUGAGCCCGAAAAAAAACAGUUCAAGAUGGAUCAGUGUCAACAAUGAACCUGCCAUUGAGAUGUGUUCGGUAGCCCUCCAUCACCAAGGUCUCUGUCUGUGUCAAACCUGUGGCCACUCUAUAUGCACUUUGUUUACUCUUUAUACAAAUAAAUAUCCUAAAGACUUUA